AUGUUCGUUGCUCUUACUGAAUGGAUCCGCUACUACCUCGAGCCAGUGGCCGAGAUGAUAGGAGCAGUUGUCCCGACCCUCCUUUUGGGACGCAUUUUAAUAGGCUUUGCACGUCCAUAUGAUUUCUGGAAAGGAAGCAUCCCGGCUAUGAAGGAGAAAUCUCCUCAGGCUUUGCUGAACCAGAUCAGCUCUGUUACGCGUACCGUCAUGUUCGCUGAUGAAGUUCGUACUCCAGCUUCGGCUCCGAUUCCUGCUCUGACCAAGAAAGCUGAGAACGCGCUUGCGACACUAGCUAUUGGUGAAGAAUGA